AUGGCGACUCAGCCCGACUUUGGUCGAUUCGACGUUCUUCUGCUCGACAUUGAGGGCACCGUCUGUCCCAUCUCCUUUGUCAAGGAUGUCUUGUUCCCCUAUGCACUCAAUGUCCUGCCCGAGUUUUUAGCGGAGCAGUGGGACGAGCCGAGCUUUGCUGGCUACCGCAAUGCUUUCCCCGACGAGUAUCGCAAUGAUCGCAGCGCCUUCGAGGCUCACGUUCGGGACCUGGUCGCCCGAGAUGUCAAGGCGCCGUACCUAAAAGCCCUCCAAGGCCAUCUCUGGACAAAGGGCUAUGAAUCGGGGGUCCUCAAAGCUCCACUCUUUCCUGACGUGCCACCCUUCAUCACCAACGCCCAUGCGGCCGGCAAGAAAAUCAUGAUAUACUCGUCCGGAUCGGUGCCGGCCCAGAAGCUGCUCUUCGCUCACACGACCGCCCAGCCCCCCGACAUGAGCGUCCUUAUUUCUGACUGGUUCGACACCGUCAAUGCGGGGCCCAAGACCGACGUGGCUAGCUACACCACUAUCCUGUCUCAUCAUCCAGACAUCAGCCCCGCACGUUGGAUCUUCCUGAGCGACAACCUCAACGAGGUAGAUGCUGCUCGCCAGUCGGGCAUGCAUAGCAUCCCAGCCGUCAGACCGGGCAACGCACCUCUGCCUUCCCAUCACCCGCUGUCCGAAUUUGCUGUCUCCGAGUUCACUCCGGUCUCCAUUGCACAGGCUGCAGCUGCCAUUGCUGCGAAACCUUUGGCUUGA